GGCAACAACAGUCUCCUGCAGUUUUCUGACUUGGCCAGCGCAACGGCAGCUUACUUAAAGCCCACACGGCAACGGCAGGUCGAAUAGAAAGAACCAGAGAAAUCCAUCGAGAAACCAGCAAACAACCGAGAAGACCUGCGGCGGCUGCGUCGGAAGAGAGAACUUCAGCGGUGAAAGGAGAGGGAAACCACCAUGCUGGACCAUCUCGUCGGGCUGGUGAAGGUGCGCGUGGUGAGAGGGGUGAACCUCGCCAUCCGCGACCUCCGAUCCAGCGAUCCCUACGUCGUCGUUCGCAUCGGCAAGCAGAAAUUGAAGACACGGGUGGUGAAGAAGAGUACCAAUCCGGAAUGGAACGAAGAACUCACGCUCUCCAUUGAAGACCCUGCAGUUCCUGUCAGACUGGAAGUUUUUGACAAGGACACUUUCGUUGAUGAUACAAUGGGUAAUGCAGAGGUGGACAUCCGCCCAUUAGUCGAGAUUGUGAAGAUGAAGCUCCAGGAUGUUGCUGACAAAACUGUGGUAAAGAAAUUGGUGCCGAACAGACAGAACUGCCUAGCCGAGGAGAGCUCGAUAUAUAUAUCGGAGGGGAAGGUGAAGCAAGACCUGGUUCUACGGCUAAGGAACGUUGAGUGUGGGGAAAUAGAGCUCCAGCUUCAUUGGGUCGACCUCCCUGGCUCUAAGCUGACAACAUAGACGAAGGGUGUAUGAGGGAGGCUAUGAGCUCUGCCUUGCCAGCCCUGCUGUUUUCAGGGAUCCCCAACUCUUUGCUGCUUGAAAAGAACUAGUGGUUUGCAUGCGCUUGCGUGGAGCCAUUAGUUGUUUGUAAGGAGUUUUGGUUGGCGUUUAGUAAAUAGCGUCAGGGAAAUGUAUGUGCAUGAACGUUUGAAAAUCAAGACUAUAUAAAAUGUAUACAAUGCAUGUACUAAGUUUAUUUCGUACACAUGAUGAUCCCCAUCCCAGUUAAA